GUCUGUGCUCAACAACAACAUUGGCUGCAGAGAAAUGACAAGAAGUGUCUGAAUAAGUUGUUUAGGCAACUGUCUGAUCCACUCUGCACGCCACCCUGGUGAGCCUAUACUUGAAGUAGCGUGGUCACUUUGAGUGUUAGAGCAGCAGACCCAGGUAAAAGCUGUAAAAACGUGGCCGACUCCACUAAAACUGUGCUAUCUGAACGGCUAGCUUGUUAGCUUACCGCGUGUGUAUUGGCUAAAAUGAACGGCCAUCAGAACGGUUUCCAUAACAACUCGUUCAUUGAUGAAGACUGCUUCCUCUUCACCUCUGAAUCAGUCGGAGAGGGACACCCCGAUAAGAUUUGUGACCAAAUCAGUGAUGCCGUGUUGGACGCACACCUCAGACAAGACCCUGAUGCCAAAGUAGCAUGUGAGACUGUUGCUAAGACGGGGAUGAUCCUGCUGGCUGGGGAGAUCACCUCUAGGGCCAACGUUGACUACCAGAAGAUUGUCAGGGAAACAAUCAAACACAUAGGCUACGACGAUUCCUCCAAAGGCUUUGACUAUAAAACCUGCAAUGUGCUGGUGGCUUUGGAGCAGCAGUCCCCCGACAUUGCUCAGGGAGUUCACCUGGAUCGAAAAGAAGAGGAUGUAGGAGCCGGUGACCAGGGUCUGAUGUUUGGAUAUGCCACUGAUGAGACUGAGGAGUGCAUGCCCCUCACUAUUGUCCUGGCUCACAAGCUCAAUGCCAAGAUGGCUGAUUUGCGCCGAAAUGGAGCGCUGCCGUGGCUCCGACCCGAUUCCAAAACUCAGGUGACUGUUCAGUACAGACGGGAUCGAGGCGCCAUGGUGCCGUUGCGUGUCCACACCGUUGUGGUGUCUGUGCAGCACGAUGAGGCUAUAAGUUUGGACGAGAUGUGCCGAUGUCUGAAGGAACAGGUGGUGAAAGCGGUGGUUCCCAGUGGCUACCUCGACGAUGAAACUGUAUACCACCUGCAGCCCAGUGGACGCUUUGUCAUCGGAGGCCCGCAGGGUGAUGCUGGUCUUACGGGUCGUAAGAUCAUUGUCGAUACUUACGGCGGUUGGGGUGCCCACGGAGGCGGAGCCUUUUCUGGGAAGGACUACACAAAAGUAGAUCGCUCUGCUGCCUAUGCUGCCCGCUGGGUGGCCAAAUCUCUGGUGAAAGCUGGGCUCUGCAGGCGUGUGUUGGUCCAGGUAUCCUAUGCUAUUGGAAUUGCCCAUCCACUCUCCAUCUCCAUCUUCCACUACGGGACCUCCCAGAAGAGCGAGAAGGAGCUGCUGGAAAUUGUGAAGAAGAACUUUGAUCUCCGUCCAGGAGUUAUCGUGAGGGAUCUUGACCUGAAGAGACCGAUCUACCAGCGCACAGCAGCUUAUGGGCACUUUGGUCGUGAUGUCUUUUCAUGGGAGGUGCCCAAGAUGCUGAAAUUCUGAACCCCCUCCUUUAAUCUCCAAGCGGGCCAUUAGGUGUACUACAGAUAAACCUGUGUGCCCGUCCACUCCCCUCCCACCCCCUCUUCCUCCUCGCACACACAGCCACAUCACCCCCAGCCUCUUCAUCAUAAUAAGAUUCCAUUUUCUCUACCUGUUAGUAUUAAACACAUCUCUCAACAAUAGUAUUUAAAUUGCAGAUAUAAAGUUGACCAAGCAUGUUGGAUAAAUUGUUUACAGAUUUGAGCAUUGCUGCCAGCUUUUAUUCAUCUUUAUUCUGGCAGCUAACAUCAUUUUUUUUGUAUGAUUAAUGGCCAUCUACUUCCUGACACUGCUAAAGAGUAGCUUAACUUAAUCUCUGCAGUAUGUAUUAAUACUGUAUUUAUAGCAGAUUUCCAAAACUACCAUAUGGGUAUUUACCAGUUGAUUGUGUUUCGCAUGACAUUUCUGGUAUUACUCAGCUUUUAAUAUGAUAAUCUCACUGCAGUUUAGUCAUAGAAGUGAUCAGUGGUUGGGAUCCUCUCUUGCUUUAUUUCUUUUAUGGCAAAAUGUCAUUUCACCUAACUGGGUUUGGUAAAUGGCAGUUUAGCAUCGCAAAAACUUUUAUCUAUUUUUAAAAUUUUGAAGGCACAAAUGGAGUCCAACACUUGUCGGGUGUGCUGUCCCUUCAGGCCAUUUCCUUUCUGACGUAUUACAGAGAAGUCAGAAGCUGCUAAUGGACCUUGUGGUUAUGUUGGACUGCACCAUGACAUCACUCCCUUUUUUUGUAAUUUAAAUUUUUUGGUUUAAAUAUCAUGUGAAUGUUCCAAAUGAUGUUAAGUGCGUCAAAUGUGUUUUCUGACCAACAUAAAGGCAUAGUACAGUACUCACCCUGCUGGAGACUGACUCUGGGUGUAGCUACAGAGAAACCCACCUCAGUUGCCUCGGGGCAGGGACUGCCUUUAUCCCAUGGCAACAGUGUGCUUAAAAUAAGUUAUUGAAUGGCAUUUGACCACUUUGACCACUAAGGAAGGGCAACUGAGUAAUGUGUGCCACAAGUUUUUGUAUCUAAAUUCUGUUUUCCCCUCAAUUGCACAUGAUUAGGGUCCUUGACACCUUCAGUCUCACCUGCUCACAAUGUGAAAGGUGAAUUGGCAAGGGGGAACAUGAAGAGUACAGCCACAAACGCAGUCGGCAAAGUGAAUGUAAGACAUGGUAUUGCUGCUCUCGUCUUCUCAGCAGUUAGUUUUGUACACAUGAGGACAUGGGAUCAGAAUAUGUUGAUGUUAUGUUUGUGGAUUUUGAAUAUUCCACUGGAAUUGCACAGCACAUUGGUUCUUAGAGUUACCAAAAGUGGAAAAGGUGUCUAUUUUCAAUGUUGUAUUUACAGUAGAGUAGUUCUAAAAUGAAUGUUUAGCUUGCAGCCGAAGUUUUUAUUUUUAUUUAUUUAUUUAUUUAUUUGUUUUUAAAAAACAUUCUAACUCUAAACCCCCAUGAGUUACGGGUGGCACAAGUCUGGUUUUUGAGACAAUCGGGGUUUGUCAAGGUCGCCCCUCUCCUUGUUCUUUUCAUGAGAAUUUAGUGAGGAAAUGCAGAUAAAGUGAGACCAGAUGUGUGGCAGGGACCCUGGACAGAUUUGAUCCCAAAGAUGACAUGAACACACAGUAAAUGCCUUCGAAUGAUCCCCCAGUUGCCCUUCUCAUUGACUUGCUCCAGGAUGUGUAUCCUCACAAUAUAGUUAUUAAGGCUAAGCCUGCUGUAAGCCUGAGGUCAGGUUGUAUUCAGCUUUAAAAUCAACACAGUUGGUAUUUUGUCUGAGCUGUGUGCGCAGUUGGUGUGUAUAACAAUUCCUCAUUAUGUAGCCAGGUGGCACUGUGUCAUUUAUAAUACUGAAAUUUAGUUUGGCUCCUCUGGCACCAUCUUGUGGUUCUUUGAGUGCACUGUACAUCAGAUAGGAGCCAUACAAAGGUGGUCAGAGCAUUUUAGAUUAGUCUGAGUGAUAAUCCAGUGAAAGGACUCAACCAAAGAUUUAUUUUAACAAAGUUUGCAUCCUCUAGCUCAUCCACAGACGAGACAAAUGAUUGGUUGGUGUUGUACAGAGAAACCAUCCUGUUUACGUGGUCUGCUGUGGGGGGUGUUGAGUAAUAUAUCCAUUUUAAUAUUAGAAGUUAAUCUGUCAGUGUAGUUGCUGAAUGUGUUAAAGUGCCUUUUCUCAUUUUCUGCAAUGCCCUUAUCCCCUGCCCCUAAACAUCCUACUCCUUACCUUUUUGAAUCCGCCCCCAGUUUCUACCUUGACGUGGCAAAAUCUCCCUCUUCAAUAAUUCAUACUGACGAGUCUGAUUUGUUGAGUUCCUCUUUCAAACCCUUUAAAAAUAAACUGCACUCUCCCCUUGUGCGCAUUGGCUGUG